AACCGCUGUUGUACUUGUCUCCUCUCCGUUCUUCAAAAGUUACGAACGCAACUAAUACCGCACCAUUCAUUUGGUUGACUAGCACAUAAUAGUCUCUUCCAUACACCUGCUAUCCAUCGGCGAUCCCAAUUUUCAACGAUGAUGAACUCCGAACCUUCAGACCUUCCAGGCCCGCUCCAGUCUUUCUCUGGGACGUAUGCGCGCCUUCAGCGACAGUACCAACACCAGCUAGAUCGCGCGACACCCCAUAUCCUUUAUCGUUGGCUUGCCACGGUCGGCAUCGUGUCCUUAUUCGAGUUGCGAAUCGUAUUGGCGCAAGGGUGGUAUAUCGUAUGCUACGCACACGCAAUAUACAUUCUCAACCUCCUCCUCGCAUUCUUGCAACCCAAAUUCGACCCGUCACUACAGGAUGACCUCAUGGCGGACGAGAUAGAGGAGGGCGGUGCUGAGGGAGAACGCUCUCCCCUUCCCAGCGCCCGCGAUGACGAGUUCCGUCCAUUUGUGCGCCGGCUUCCAGAAUGGCAAUUUUGGCUUUCGACGACUCGCGCGACAAUCAUCUCGUUCUUCAUGACUUUCUCCGUGGUCUUCGAUGUCCCAGUGUACUGGCCCAUCCUUGUCAUGUACUUUUUUGUCCUGUUCAUCCUCACAAUGAGGAGACAGAUCCAACACAUGAUCAAAUACCGCUACGUUCCCUUCGACUGGGGUCGCAAAGCUCGGUACGGUGCGAGUAAUAAAUGA